CGAAAACAGACAAAUGGCGUCUUCUCUUCAUGUCUGACGGAAAAGCUGAUUCUCCUUGGCAGAAGUACAUGGCGUCGUAAGGUGAUCUGUGUGUUCAGAUGGUCUCCAUAGAACCUGGACUCAUCGAAACAGGAUGUCAGUCUUCACCUUGCGCCAAACUGUUUGCUGGAUUUAACCUCUAUGGCACUUAAACAGUUAGUUAGCAAGCUAGCUACUUAACGGUAGCUAGCAGGCUGCGACUGGCAGUGGUCCAGUUCAGGUGGAGUUAAAGAGUGAGGGGAACUGAAGAUUCCACGGCCAUUUAGCCAGACGUCAUAUUGAAAGCGUAAGGUAAAUCAAGGACGAUUACAAAGCCAGCUCUGCGGCAGCCAGCACGAUGACCACCGCCAGGUACAGACCCACCUGGGACUUGGCUUUGGACCCACUGGUCUCCUGCAAGCUGUGCCUUGGAGAAUUUCCCCUGGAGCAGAUGACCACCAUUACGCAGUGCCAAUGUGUCUUCUGUACACUGUGCCUGAAGCAGUAUGUAGAGCUCCUGAUCAAAGAGGGCCUUGAGACUGCUAUUAGCUGUCCAGAUUCUGCCUGUCCGAAACGCGGACACCUACAGGAAAACGAGAUUGAGUGCAUGGUUGCCACAGAUAUGAUGCAGAGGUACAGGAAGCUGCAGUUUGAGAGGGAGGUGCUGCUGGACCCUUGCCGGACCUGGUGCCCGUCCUCAUCAUGCCAAGCAGUGUGCCAACUGAAAGAGACUGACACGCCACUGCCUCAGCUGGUCCAGUGUGGCACAUGUACUUUGGAGUUUUGCUCAGCAUGCAAGGCCAACUGGCACCCUGGCCAAGACUGCCAGGAGAAUGCACCCCUCACCUCUUUCUUGCCUGGAGAGAGCAGCUCUCUCUUCAAGAGUGAUGAGGAUGAUGCUCCAAUCAAACGCUGUCCCAAAUGUAAAGUUUACAUUGAGCGAGACGAGGGCUGUGCCCAGAUGAUGUGUAAGAACUGUAAGCAUGCCUUCUGCUGGUACUGCCUCGAGUCUCUGGACGACGACUUCCUCCUGAUCCAUUAUGACAAAGGGCCUUGUCGGAACAAGCUCGGCCACUCCAGAGCCUCUGUGAUCUGGCACCGAACGCAGGUGGUGGGGAUAUUUGCCGGUUUUGGCCUACUCCUACUGGUAGCAUCUCCUUUUGUAUUGCUGGCCACCCCCUUCAUCCUGUGCUGUAAGUGUAAGUGCAGUAAAGGGGACGAUGAUCCGCUGCCCACCUAA